GCUAGACCUAUCACAGCAUUGCUAACAGACAGCCUAUUACAGUAUUUAAUAAAAACAGAAACAGCAUGCCUAUCAUAGGCUAAUAAUCCUACCUCCUGUACGCUUUAAAAACAGUAUGAAGCAGCUCUAACAGAGCUUCAGAUAACUAAUUUCAAGCAUGGCUGUCUAGCGUGCCAGUCACUCCUAUUGUCCUUCCAAACUCUUUCAGACAUUUUGAGCUGGGAGUAUUAAAGCUAUGAGUUAGCAAGGGUUGUGACAUUAGUGGUCCAGAAAAGCUUUAGGCACGAGAGGUAAUGAUGAUUACCGGUGGCUCUUUGGAGGACUGCACUGGAUCUGGAUCGCUGUCCUUAAAAAUUAAGCGUGGCUUUUGAGGAAGAUGUGACAACUACAGGAGGUCUUUUCAUCAUUCCUCCAGGACUUCCACCAUAAGGGAAGGAGCCCCUGGACCAACAUCCUCUAAGAUGUUUAUAUGGACCAGUGGCCGGACCUCUUCAUCUUACAGACACGAUGAGAAAAGAAAUAUUUACCAAAAAAUCAGAGACCAUGACCUGCUGGACAAGAGGAAAACUGUCACGGCACUGAAAGCAGGCGAGGACCGUGCCAUUCUCCUGGGACUGACCAUGAUGGUGUGCUCCAUCAUGAUGUACUUUCUGCUGGGCAUCACCCUCCUGCGUUCAUACAUGCAGAGCGUGUGGACCGAAGAGUCUCAAUGCACCUUGUUGAACGCAUCCAUUACAGAAACGUUUAACUGCUCCUUCAGCUGUGGCCCAGACUGCUGGAAACUCUCUCAGUACCCUUGCCUCCAGGUGUAUGUUAACCUGACUUCUUCAGGUGAAAAGCUUCUUCUGUACCACACUGAAGAGACGAUAAAAAUCAAUCAGAAGUGCUCCUAUAUUCCUAAGUGUGGGAAAAAUUUUGAAGAAUCCAUGUCUCUGGUGAAUGUUGUCAUGGAAAACUUCAGGAAGUACCAGCACUUUUCCUGCUAUUCUGACCCGGAGGGAAACCAGAAGAGUGUCAUCCUCACCAAACUCUACAGUUCCAAUGUGCUGUUCCAUUCACUCUUCUGGCCCACGUGUAUGAUGGCUGGGGGUGUGGUGAUCGUUGCCAUGGUGAAACUCACACAGUACCUCUCCCUGCUCUGUGAGAGGAUCCAGCGGAUCAAUAGAUAAAGGCAAAGUGGAUGACAUUAUUUUUUUUAAAGCUCAAAUACUGUUUUCUUUCAUUCUUCACCAAAGAACCUUAAGUUUGUAAUGUGCAGUCUGUUAUGAGUUCCUUAUACAUAGAGCAAUAAUGUAAAAGCUGUUCUAUAUGCAAAUAUGAUGUCUUUAUUAUUCAGGAGAAGAAGUAACUAUGCUGUGUUGGUUGUUUUCCUAAUCUUGUUUCAGUGCUGGAAAUAGUACUUCCUUCUCUCGUUCAGCCAAAAUAGGGCUCAGUUAUUCAUUUGCCAAGGUUUGUGGAAGAAUGUAGACAAUGUUAACGUGAUAAGUUCUGUGUUCUGAGUUGUCGGAUCUCUUGAAGACAUUUCUGCAAUAGUUUUCAUCAUUCAUUGUUUACUAAAGCUGCAGCCAAAAAUAUUUUUUUCUUUUCUUACUUGAAACUGAGCCCUACAGCAAGUGAAGGGACCAGAUUUUCUCCCUAAAAGAUGUUAAUGCAUUUUCCUUGUAUUUCUUCCCACCAUAUGGGAGUAAAGUUGGGGGUAAAGCCAGCCAGCUAUAUUCUUUUAAUUACUUUCUAUUCAUAACUUUAGAUUUUUUAAAACUGAUUUCCAAAAUAAGCUGUUUUCAUUAACCAAUUCUAUAUUUUCCCUGUGAUUUAAAUAGAAAGUGAACAGAGCCCUUUUCCAUGUAAGACCUGCUGCUGUGUGAUAUGCUCCUUGCAAGGAGUUUCGUUACCUGUGAACUGACUUAAUGUUGAGUAAAUGCUCCGUUACAAUCCAGAAAAGUCUAUGUUACUAAGAUACUUGUGUGAAAAUCUUUAUUCCAUUUUAAUUGAACUGUUAGGUGGUAAAACUAAGAUCCUACUUGCCGGUCAAGACUAGUGGACUUAUUUCAAUGGGUAAAUCUACUGUGGCAAAUUAACAUGCUGGAAUUUAUGUUUAAUGAGUGUGUAGUCUCUCUCUUUCUAACACGUGUUCCCCAUUUGGAUUUUAAAGCUGUGUGCACAGAAUAUUUGUCUCCUCUACAUGUUUUAUUUUUUCUAUUUUCAAUUGCCUUUUUUGUUGCUAGAUUUUAUACACAGAACAGAUCAU